GUCUCCAGCUCUGCCUGUGUCACAUGGAAGCACAGUAGCUGAGCCGAGGGGAUGCGAGUACAGAUGGAGGGGGCUUGAGGGACUGUGGAGGAGGAAAAAAACUAGACUCUUGGACAUAAAACUGUGGAGAUACAGCAGCGGCAUCAGAGGGAGGACGCGGGCACUUUUUGUAGCCUCCUUUGCUGGCUUGGGGGGGGGGAGCAGAGGAGCGCGGACAGGGGCGCACAAGAGGGUCAACGCGCUGCUCGGAGGAUGUCACAUGCAAAAUAUGCUGCAUUUGUGUUUUGUGUGAACCCCACAGAAGCCAACUCGCUUUUGGUUGAUUAUGCUGCGCCUGGUCCGAGUGGAAGCAGAAGGAAGCGACCAGGGUUGACGCUGCGCCUCCCAAAACCCCUCAUCUGAAUCCCAGUGUGACCGUGGCACCUCCCUGCGUGCAUGACUUGUAAGGGUGUGAGUGUGUGUGUGUGUGAGAGCAAGUGAGCGUCAGCGCUCCCACAUGGCCUCCAUGCAGGACGGGCUGAACUUCACGGCUCCUCCCUACGGCAAGGUCCUGCUGCUGGGCGCUAUCGCUGCUGCCUCAGCCUUCGUCGUCACCAUCCUCAUCGUGGUGCUCUGCGUGGGCUGCCAGAGGAAGGGAAAGACACACAAUGUUCCCGGCGAGGGUGGAAAACACCGCCUCAUGGACAUGGGUAUACUCAGACAGUCCAAGCUGCGGUCCAUCAGUAAAUCAGACACGGAGAUGAACAAGAUGAACUGCAACGGCAAAAGCAGGCAGCUUCCCCAGAUCCCGUCUGGGACUGGAGAGGAAGGGGAGCACACUUACUCUGAGGUGGGUCGACGCUCUUCCGCCUCACGUACUGACGAUGCCCUCUACGCCAUGGUAGGCAGGGCCGGCCAGACGGACACUCCGGCGCCUCCCGCAGUCCCCGCCAACACCCCAGCGCCACCAGACCCCGACGGCGAUGUUGAAGGAGGGAUGCCGGAACCUGAGGCCCAGGUCAUGACCCCCCCUCACCCUCCAGAGGCGGCCGAGUACGCCUGUGUCAGGAAGCUGAGGAAGGCCGACAAGGCGCCGCAAAAGAGGGACAGCGGGACAGAUAUGGCGGAGCCGCCUGCACCGCCUCCGAGACACGCCCCUCCGUCACAUCCCGCCCCUCCUCCGCCGCACCCUCACAGCACGAAGCUGCCGAGAAGAAACGUGGAUGCGGCCUUCAGUGUCCCGUCGUUCCCGAAGAAUCCGAAAUCAGAAUCACAAGAUCAAUUUGAACUCCAAAGAUGGCCCUUACCCGUCUCUAAUAAAGAGGUGAUGUUUAUGGGAAACGGGGAGCAGUACAUCUGGAAGCCUCCGGAGGAUGAGGAGCUGCUCAUGCACCAAAAUAAAGCCCUGGGACCUCUGAGUGCUCACACGAUGGAGAAUAUACAACCAUCUGCUGCAGUGGUGGCUGAGAUGUACUCAAAGGUGUGUAAACCUGGAAAGAAGAAGAGAGCUGUGCCAGGGUCUCCCCCCUCCAAUCUUGGCUUCCGGACCUUGGGUCGCGGUGACCGGGACCGAGACCGGGACGGGGGGUUUAGUGUAGUGGUCAAACCGCAGACGUGGGCCCUUCAGGAGGGGAAGGCAAUCGGAGGGCCCAUGGAUGACCACUGCUAUGAGUCCAUCGGGACCGAGGAGUGCGACCUGGCCUAUGCUAACAUGGAGGAUGGAGGUGCCUGGAAGCGAGAGCGGCCCCCAAACACGUGUGCCACCCUGCGACCCAGGAGGAAGAAAGCCCAGCAGCCUUUGCAGCAGCAGCAACCCCCUCCACCGCCGCCGACACAGCAAACCCCCAAGUUACAGCACCUGCCUGCCAAAGCCCUGCUGCUGCCGGGGGAGAACCUGUAUGAGAGCAUUGGCGACCUGAAGCAGGGCUCUGCCACCUCCAGCACCACCACCAUCUUUACCUUCAAUGACGGCAUGGAGAUGUACGUAACAGGGCUCUGAGGCGGCGCUGCACUGUGACCCGACCUUUCCAACACAAGGAGCUGAGCUAACACCAGAGGAGUGACGGCUGAGCCCCUGUCAUACUCCCCCACACAUACUGUUUACAUUCAGUCAUAACAUCAGGCCUUUCACACGAUGGGCAGUAAUGUUGAUCUGUUAUGACCUGGGCUCAAUACAAAGUCCAAUCUAUCAACCUUAAAAGGAAUCCAAAGGUAGUGAAUAUUAAACGAGCACAAGACCAUUGCAGAGCAAUCUGUAGGUAACAGUAGCACUUCUAUUUUACUGAAACAUGUGCAAAGCACAAUUAAGUGAAAGCCUAAAUUCUUCCUCAACUUUAGCGGGUAAAAAUCGUUUUUUCCUGGUCCUGGCAGGAAUGCUUUCAGGUGAAAAGGCACAGGACCAGUGUGAAAUCUUUUGGUAGCACUUAGUCUGUCAUGAACAGGCCUUCCCUGUAGUCUGUCGAGAUGUGAUUCACGAUGGAAUUGAAACGAUAGGAAAGGAAUGAAUUACUAAUCAAAAUACUUGAAAGCUCAGGGACCAAGAGAAUCAAUUAUGAGAGUAUUAUAAAGAAAAAUUGCACACAUUUUGCAUUCCUCCUAAAAGCUUCGACUAAUAUAGACCAGAACCAUGUUUAACAAACCGACUGGAUACUUCCCUCUGUCACGUUUUGUUCCAUCCGACAUGGACUGAACACUGUCUCCACUGCUGUCUGUAAAUGAAGUGUUUUACUUUGUUGAUCCUGUUUCUGCACUUUGCCUGCUACAAGUUGCAUGCUAAAAAAGUGGAAAAAAAAAAUACAAAAAAUCAAGCACUGUUAUGUGGUACCUCUAUAUGAAUGUUUUUGAUUUAUUGUCGUUGGUUGUUUUAUUUAAUUUUGUAGUGUGUUGCUUUAUUUCUCUGUAGAGCACAAAGCCAGUUAGAUUAAGGAAGUCUUUGGCACAGUGGGACUCCGUGCAGCAGAGAGGAGAGUAUGUUUCUCUCAUCAUUUGAAACACACAGAACAGAUUGAACAAGACUAAAGACAACUGCUCGAGUCCUAAAGGUGGAGACAGACCACACACACACACACACACACACACACACACACCUCUCUGCUCAGUCUCAUAUCUGUGGACCAUUCAUCUCCAUCGUCCCUGCCUUGUGCUCAUAUGAAUCUGCUUGGGUUUUUAAGAUAGUGCAGCCUGGAAAGCUACAGUAGAACUGAUGUGUAUUAGCAAAACGUCAUGUCUCAUCAUCACUCCAUCGAUGAACUCUCUCCUCUCUCUCUGUUUAUCAGUGUUAAAAAUAUGGCAAAAAUGUGAAGCUAAAUGGUUUCGCUCAGCAGCAGAGCAUCAACUCGAGGAUAACGCACUCAAAUUUACAGCCAAAUCCUGGACAAUAAAGUUUCUCUUUCAUUUGGGCAAAAUGACCCCAGCAAACAAUGUGAUUAAACUGUAUGUUGAUGCAAUGUGUAUGUACAUUACAAAAGAGAAAGAAUAAUAAAUAUAUCAUCAGUGUCAAGAAAUCUAUCUUUUUCUAUUAUGUUUAGUUGUGUUUUGGAAUGACUUCUCUUGUGACACAAACUGCAAAAACAGCUGCAAUGUAAAAAUUUCAGUGUGUUCUGUUUGUUGUUUUUUGAAGCCAUGAAGCUACGGUGUGUUCUUGGAAAGCCCGGCUAAGUUUUAAUGUGGCAGCUAAUGUUGUGUGUUUGCUAUUCAGACUUACAGGGUCUUGUACUCAGAAGCGUGUAAUUAAGUGCUAAGUGCAAAAGAUUGUAAUGUUUUAUAUCAAGAUUACUAUUCAUGAAAUGUCAGUCAAGUUUAUACUUUUGUAAUAAAGUGGCACUUUAAAAAAAAUG